AUGGAUUCCAGAGUGAGUCUGACCCAGAUCCAGGCGUGUGGCCCAGAGAACCUCACGGAGAACCUCACGGAGAACCUCACGGAGAACCUCACGGAGAACCUCACAGAGAACGUCACGGAGAACCUCACGGAGAACCUCACGGAGAACCUCACGGAGAACCUCACGGAGAACCUCAAGGCUCAGUGCUCGGCCCCUUUGCAUUCAGUCUAA